AUGGAAUCAGAAUACAGAUUACUUCUUAGCAAUUAUUUGCUCACUUGCGAUCUUGAAGAAAAAUAUCUUGUGACUUUAUCUCAUCUUAUCUUAGUGAAAAAAUAUGGCAUUCCCGUUAAAGAAACAAAAAAUGUAAUCGAAACUCAACUUCAAAUUCCUAUUAGCAAAAGAAUUAAUCCUAAUAAAGAUUAUUUUGAUUAUUAUAACGUACCAACUGGAAAAAAAGAAAGAGAUAAAAUAUAUGAUGAAUGUGCAAUAUGUGAAAUGAAGGAAGAAACCGGAAUAACAAUUCAAGAAUUGUUUUAUAUUGGAACAAAUGAAAGGUUUAGAGUUUUUCCGGAUGGAAAAGAAUGUCUAUGUCGAUGCACCGUAUAUUAUAUAUAUAUUGAUGAACAGAUUCCAAUUCGAACUGAACCUGAUAAGCAUGAUGAUUGGAUUUUUAAACAUCAAUCGAAAAAAACGUAA